GAGAGAGUGUGGAUGUCUCUCGACCAUGGCCUGUGUGAUGACUGCCUGGUCCGUUCACAACCCCAGUGAGACCAACUCCAUCAUCAUGAACACUAACGGGCCCCCGGACCUGAUGCUGGACCCCAGGACCGUGUGCGUCUGUUUGGACGAGGUGGUCCCUAAGCGACCGCUGCUGCAGCGACACCUGAAGAAAGUUGACAACGACCUGAUGGAGGCCCAGAGGUUCUCCGCUCUACCACGGAGACCGGCGGUCAACAUUGAAUUCAGAGACGUCUCCUACUCCGUCACAGAGGGACCCUGGUGGAGGAAGAAAGGUUACAAGACUCUGCUCAAAGGGAUUUCUGGGAAAUUCACCAGCGGGGACCUGGUGGCCAUCAUGGGGCCCUCAGGAGCCGGAAAGUCCACGCUCAUGAAUAUCCUGGCCGGCUACAGGGAGACGGGGAUGAAGGGGACGAUCCUGAUCAACGGUCAGAGCAGAGACCUGCGCUCCUUCAGGAAGGUUUCCUGUUACAUCAUGCAGGACGACAUGCUGCUGCCUCACCUCACCGUGCAGGAGGCCAUGAUGGUUUCAGCGAACCUGAAGCUGCAGGAGAAGGUGGAGGCUCGCAGAGGGAUGGUCCAGGAGAUCCUGAUGACUCUGGGCUUACUGGACUGUGCUAAAACCAGGACGUCUCACCUUUCGGGGGGGCAGAGGAAGAGACUGGCCAUUGCUCUGGAGCUCGUCAAUAACCCUCCGGUCAUGUUCUUCGACGAACCCACCAGUGGUUUGGACAGCUCGUCCUGUUUCCAGGUGGUGUCUCUGCUCAAAGCUCUGGCUCAGGGAGGACGAACCAUCAUCUGCACCAUCCACCAACCCAGCGCCAAGCUGUUCGAGCUCUUCGACAAGUUGUACGUCCUCAGUCAGGGUCAGUGUAUCUACAGAGGAAACGUUUCCAGUCUGGUUCCGUACCUCAGAGACCUCGGACUCAACUGUCCCACCUACCACAACCCUGCUGACUUUGUGAUGGAGGUGGCGUCCGGGGAGUACGGGGAUCAGAUGGUGCGGCUGGUAAAGGCGGCUCACGACAGGAAGUGUGAGAAGAAUUAUCAGAUGGAGCUGAACGUAGAAACAAACCUCCACCCAUUCCUUUGGCAGCGCACAGAGGAGGAGAAUUCUUCGUCUGACGGUUGUCACAGUUUCUCAGCCAGCUGCAUGACCCAGUUCUCCAUCCUGUUCAGGAGAACUUUGCUCAGCAUCCUCAGAGACUCAGUGCUGACUCACCUGAGGAUCUCGUCUCACAUUGGGAUCGGUGUUCUGAUUGGUCUUUUGUAUCUGGGAAUCGGUAACGAGGCCAAGAAGGUUCUGAGUAACUCUGGGUUCCUGUUCUUCUCCAUGUUGUUCCUGAUGUUUGCAGCUCUGAUGCCGACAGUUCUCACAUUUCCUCUGGAGAUGGGAGUUUUUCUGAGGGAACACCUGAACUACUGGUACAGUCUGAAGGCUUAUUACCUGGCUAAAACCAUGGCAGACGUCCCCUUCCAGGUGGUCUUCCCGCUGGUGUACUGCAGCAUCGUGUACUGGAUGACGGCUCAGCCUCCGAAUGCCGGACGCUUCUUUCUCUUCCUGUCUCUCGGGGUCCUGACCUCACUGGUGGCUCAGAGUCUGGGUCUGCUGAUCGGAGCCGCCUCCACCUCCCUGCAGGUGGCGACAUUUGUGGGUCCAGUCACGGCGAUCCCGGUGCUGCUGUUCUCUGGGUUCUUUGUCAGUUUCGACACCAUCCCCUGGUACCUGCAGUGGAUGUCCUACAUUUCCUAUGUCAGAUAUGGUUUUGAGGGCGUCAUCUUGUCCAUCUAUGGUCUGAAUCGAGAAGAUCUUCACUGCGAGAAAAAUGAAACAUGCCACUUCCAGAAGUCCGAGGCCAUCCUGAAGGAGCUGGACAUGCUGGACGCCAAACUCUACCUGGACUUCAUCGUGCUCGCCAUCUUCUUCUUCUCCUUGAGGCUCAUGGCUUACUUCGUCCUGCGGUACAAGAUCCGUGCUGAGAGGUAGACAAGGAACAUGAUGAAGAGUCACAGUGGAAGAUCUGAGCUUGGGGCCACAGUUAGCGUUUAGCUGUACAAACACAGAACCUGCUUUGGCUUUAAAAACAAGUUCAGGUCCUGAUCGGGAGCUGGUCUAAAUAAAGAGACAAACAAUUGA